CUAACAAACGACUAUUGCAUUAUGCAUCGUCUGGUAUUGCAUCAUCAUAUUUCGUCUUGUGUGGAAUAAAGUUUUUAAUCCAUUUUCCAUCUUUGAGCAUUAAAAUAAAGUAUUUUCAGUAAAAUCAUUUAAUCGUAUUGCAAAAUCAAAGCUUCGUUUAUAUAAAAGCGAUUCAAUUUCUUGCCUAAUUUCGUGAGCAGCAAAAUUUUCCAUAAUUUAAGUCCAUCAGUAGUGGUAAGAAAAAAAAAUCUCGCUUGAAAAAUAUAUCUGAACGUCUAACCCGAUUUCAUUCGAAUAUUAAACAAAAAUGGCCCAAAACACCGAGCAACAUGUUCCUGUCGAACAACAAGCCACCAAACAGUACGAGUUUCAUUUGUGUGACAAGUCUUGUGCGAGUCUCUAUUUGCAACCGGAUUUGACGGAUGUCAAUUUUUUGUUUUAUGAAGAAAACACGACCGAUAUCAAUGCGAAAAAAUUAAUUGAAAAAGUGCCAGCUCAUAAACUGAUUUUGGCAUCCUCAAGCUCUGUAUUCCGCGCCGAAUUCUACGGUUCAAUUAAGGAAAAAGGUGACGUGGAAAUCGUCGAUUCAUCGCCAGAGGCGUUCAAAGAAUUUUUGCAGUGUUUUUAUCUCAGCACUGUUACAUUCACAAUGAAGCACAUCCCCGAAAUAAUGUAUUUGGCCAAUAAAUACAUGGUCGCCGACUGCAUGGAUGGAUGUGCCAAAUAUCUGAAUGACAAUUUAACAUCGACCAACGUUUGCUGGGUCUAUGACUUUGCCAUACUGCACGAACACCACCAGUUGAAGCAAUUUUGUGAAGAACACAUCAUUUCGAAUGCUGAACGAGUGCUAGAAUCGGACGAAUUCCGCACUUGCAGCCAAAAAUUGUUACGUGAAAUUCUGAAAUUGGAUCUUCGUUGCCAAGAAUCAAUCGUAUUCGAUCGCUGUUUGGCUUGGGCAAAGAAUGCAUGCCAACAAAACGGCUUAGACGAAAAGGUUUCAGUGAAUUUGCGGAACCAACUGGGCGAUUGUUUGUUCUUGAUUCGAUUCGGAACAAUGACAAUUCGGGAAUUUUCUGAAGCCACACUCAAGUGUGAAGGUAUGUUUACAGUUUAUGAAAUGGGCGAUAUAUGGCGUUCUAUAUCGUUUAAAGGUUUCGUUUCGAAGAAAUUUAAUCAAAUUCCACGGACACUUUGCUGGGACGAAAGCAAAGUUUGGAAGUGUUAUCCAAAUACUACUACUCUAUUGCAAUCGCUUCAAGGCUGUGAAAGUGUUUUCAUUACGUCGAACAAGACGACAUUGCUUAGCGGUAUAUAUUUUGUCUUCAGUUACGACGAACGUUACGUUCCCAGUACAUUGAACGCCAAAGUCAGCAUUGUAGAAAUAAAAGGCCAUUCAUUUGCUACCGAAACUGGAAAAAUUCUAUUUGAAGAAACGAAGAACAUGAAGAAUAGCAUCGCAGGAAAUUACUUCAAGCCACCGAUACCAAUCGUUAUCAAUGCGAGCAACACAUACCAAAUUUGUUUAGAAUUUUCAAACUACUACGGAGGCGGCUAUAUUUACAGACGCAAGCUUGGCGAAGUAAUAUCAAAGAAUGGCCUAAGCAUUACAUUCCAAAAUGAUUGUGGUCGCGAUCAUAUAAUUACUGGAUUGGAGUUAAUCGACUAUUAGUUGGACCAAUCGAAUACGAUUUGAUUUGAUUAAGUUGAUUUCCAUUACGACAAAAAACGUUAACAUUUUCUUUCAUAUAAACUUCUUACCAAUGAACAUCAA